GCUAUUGAAAUUUUCUGAAUGGGAACGAUAGACUCGGUUAUUCUCCUGCUGCUAAGGAUUCGAAAUCCAGACUCGACUUAUUGCUAUCGACAGUGAUAUAGGAGUCAAAAUUUCCUACGCGAAGCAAUCCGUGUUCAAGCGGCUUCGCCACUUUGGCACAGCAGCUGAAUCUUCAGAACCUGGCAGCGACCAAAAACGCAAGAGAAGCAUGGAAUCAAGAGGGAAAAAGCAACCCAUGGUUGAACGCCAGGAAUCGAGCCAAUCGGGAGGGGUGCUGGAAAUCAUGGCUUUAGAGAAUUCUCCAGAUCUUCUGGACGACCGAAGUGGUCGUAACGAGGACAAGGAUCGACGGAGUUUCAUGUCACGCUUUCGGUGUAUGAGUUCAAUGCGCAUCGUUGUUCUGGUAGUUUUGUGCUUGCAGAAUUCUUUGUUCACAGUGCUAAGACGAUACAGUCAAGGAGUUCUGAAAGAGAACUACUCAAAAUACGAAGUUCUUUUGGUCGGCGAAGUCAUCAAGAUGGCAUUCUCGGCCUACAUGAUAAAAGGCACUUUGGAUGAGAAUGUGACUUUGACCAAACGGCUUCAAUUUCUGGUACAAUCAAGCCGCAAAAUGAUUGUUCUUGCUCUCAUCUAUGGCGCGAUGAAUAUUCUUUCUUUCGUGUCACUACGAAAUAUUGGGGCCGGUAUGUUUACUAUUUUUGCGCAGUGCAAGAUUUUAACAACUGCGUCAUUUUCUGCUCUGAUGCUGAAUCGAAAAUACUCGUGGACCCAGUGGCGAGCGAUGAUUGCUCUGAUGCUUGGCGUUCUACUCUUUUCGGAGCCAAUCUGGGGCAAGUCGGGUAACCUAUUGUCGACUAACGCAGGCGCCAACGUAAUUGUGGGUACCGUGGCAGUGUUGAUUGAAGUCAUUCUCAGUGGAUUUGCCUCCAUCUACUUUGAAAAAGUAAUCAAAAUUGAUCCGCAGCAGCUGAGUAUCUGGGAACGAAAUUUUCAGUUGGCUCUGGGAAGCUUCCCAGUUUAUCUUUGCUUCAUCGCUACGGAUUCGCCCGCCGAAGGCUUUGGGAGUGGUUGGUCUAUCAUGGCUGUCGUCGUUACGAGUCUUGGAGCUGGAGGAGGCUUGUUGGUGGCGCUGUCGAUCAAGUACGGAGAUUCUAUUCUCAAGACGCUGGCCACGACUGGGGCAAUCAUUCUGUCGUCCGUUCUCGACAACCUUUUUCUGGGAGGUCCGCUGACACCUACAAUGAUGAUUGCUGGUCUCCAGGUUAUUGUUGCUAUCUGUAACUACACAUUCGAUAGCACACCGACAGAGAUGAAAUUGGUCAAACCUAUUGCGACAAGGGCUCAAGGGACGGAAACCUCCGGGAAGGAGUUCGAUGAAGAGCAGGCAUUGAUUCGCGAAGAAAAGUAA